GCUAACUCUGUCAGACGCAAUUGCAGCUUUUAGCCUCAGCAGGACGCAGCAGCGGACACCUGAGCCAUGGAUGCAUCGGAGGAGUCCCCCACCGAACAUGCAGCAAAGCUGCAAAAUAUCAGCUCCAGCUCGCCCCCGUCUGAGCCCGAAGGUGCACAGGCGACAGACCAGCAGGUGAAGCCACCGUAUUCAUACGUGGCUCUCAUAGCCAUGGCCAUUAAGGACAGCCGCGACAAGAGACAAACGCUCAGCGGAAUAUACGACUACAUCAUCUCCAAGUUCCCCUACUAUGAGAAGAACAAGAAAGGAUGGCAAAAUAGUAUAAGACACAAUUUGUCUCUGAAUGAGUGUUUCAUUAAGGUGCCAAGGGAGACCGGAGUGGACAGGAAGGGCAACUACUGGAUGCUGGAUCCCGCCUUUGAGGACAUGUUUGACAAGGGUAACUACCGGCGGCGGAGAAGGGUGAGGAGACCCUACAGACCCCCGAGUGUGCAGUACCUGACCGGGAACUCCGUGGACUAUCCCGAGCCCCUCUACCUUCAGCCUUAUGUGAGUCCAAACUCCUGGAGUCUGUCCCAGCCGACCGGAUACCCAACACAGGUCAUCAGUGGACACCCCCGCAGCGUGUCCCCCAGCGGCCCGGUGAGUUCGUACUGCUCGCCUUCCCACUUCCGUCACUCACCAUACGGCACUUACCACCGACACCCGUCCGUGCUGGUGCCCCACAACGGCUGCCCCUACGGCGGAGUGACCCAGCCCAUGAGCCCCAGCGGAGGCACCGUGUCAGUGGCGUGUAACUACCCGCCGCUCAGCACCUACUCACGGCAGGCGGAGGCGCCGCUUGCUUAUUCAUUUGACCAUUAGGAGUUAUUACAACCACUGACGGCCAGUUCACUGACUCAAGGUUCAUCUGUUUCACCAUUACAGGCUGUCAUACUUUGUUGGUCCAGUUGUUUGGGAGUUUAAUAAGGUGUAAAGUUGUUGAUUAAUUGUUAAACAAGCUGUUUAAGUUACAGGUGCAAUGCAAACAUUUAAUUUAUAUCCAUUCUGUUUGAGAAUUAGGCUUUUUUGCAACUAAACAAACUUGUGUUUUUUUUGUUAUUUUUUUUAAGUGUUUU